CCCCUCCGCGGAGCCAAGGUGAAGAAGGAAUUUUAGAAGAAAGACGCGUUUGCCGCCAUGCCGUUUCCCUUUGGCAAAUCACACAAGUCUCCUGCAGACAUAGUGAAGAAUCUGAAAGAGAGUAUGGCAGUUCUAGAAAAACAAGAUAUUUCUGACAAGAAGGUAGAAAAGGCUACCGAAGAAGUUUCAAAAAAUCUAGUUGCCAUGAAAGAGAUCUUAUAUGGCACGAAUGAAAAGGAGCCCCAGACAGAAGCUGUGGCCCAGCUUGCUCAAGAACUGUACAACAGUGGUCUUCUUAGUACCCUAGUAGCUGACUUGCAACUAAUUGAUUUUGAGGGUAAAAAGGAUGUGGCUCAGAUAUUCAACAACAUUUUGAGAAGACAGAUUGGUACAAGAACUCCCACAGUUGAAUACAUCUGCACUCAGCAAAAUAUACUAUUCAUGCUGCUAAAAGGGUAUGAAUCUCCAGAAAUCGCUCUGAAUUGUGGAAUUAUGUUAAGAGAGUGCAUCCGACACGAACCACUGGCAAAAAUAAUCUUGUGGUCAGAGCAGUUUUAUGACUUUUUCAGAUAUGUGGAAAUGUCAACAUUUGAUAUAGCUUCAGAUGCAUUUGCCACUUUUAAGGAUUUGCUUACACGGCACAAGUUGCUGAGCGCAGAGUUCUUGGAACAGCAUUACGAUAGGUUCUUUAGUGAAUACGAAAAGUUACUCCAUUCAGAAAACUAUGUGACAAAACGACAGUCACUUAAGCUGCUUGGUGAAUUGCUAUUGGAUAGGCACAACUUCACGAUUAUGACAAAAUACAUCAGUAAACCUGAAAAUCUCAAACUAAUGAUGAAUCUUCUACGAGACAAGAGUCGCAACAUUCAGUUUGAAGCCUUUCACGUCUUUAAGGUGUUUGUAGCCAAUCCUAACAAGACACAGCCUAUAUUAGAUAUUCUCUUAAAGAACCAGACCAAACUUAUUGAGUUCCUCAGCAAGUUUCAGAAUGACAGGACCGAGGACGAACAAUUUAAUGAUGAGAAGACCUAUUUAGUUAAACAGAUCAGGGAUUUGAAAAGACCAGCACAGCAAGAAGCUUAAUAUCCUAUAAACCCCUAAAAUAUUAAAUCCAAAUUCAGCAUUUGCUGUUAGAUAUUCAGCAUCAGGCACUCUUAUCAAUUCAUGAGGAACAUUACUGCUAAUCUGCUGUUCAGUGAACAGUGUUUGUUUUUGUUUUUCUUUUCUUUUUUUUAGUCCAAGUUGACAAAACCUAGCUGCUGCUUUCUUGCACAAUGUGGACUUUUUGGUAUUUGUGUCUGAAUUCAAGCACACUGCUUGUUUUUAGAAAUCCUGGGAGGGAAAGCUGAUUGGUUCAUGAAAGCAAAUAUAUAGAAGGUAGUUUGGGAUAGAAGAAGGUGUUAGAUUAGAUUUUACGCAAUGGGGUGCAUGCUUGCAAAUCUGGUUCAAUCCGUAUGUUUGCACUUAACUUUGUAUGAGAUGCGAGCACAAUGUGAUCUGUGCAUAUCUGGCACCAUAGUAUAAGAUUGUAUGCCUUGAUUUAAAAAACAAAACGUGCAGUGCUUUAUUUGUAAUCAAAGGGGAAAUGUAUCUAAGAUGUGAGCUUACUGGGAUGAAGAGUUGUCUUGCAAAUAAAACUGAUAGCAAAACAUAGCAACUUCUAAAGAGUGAAAUCUCAGAGUUCAUAAGGAAAAUGUAUAUAUGCCUUUCACUGCUUUAUAGAUUUUUUUGUUGUUGUUUUUGACAUUUGAUUUUUUUUCUGGUUCAGUUGUAGACUUGGAAAUACGUUCUAAAGGGUCUUUUUUGUUAAUUUCACUUUGAAGGUGUUUCAGACAGUAGAGCUUAACAGUGACACUUUGCAUUUCAUUUCAACGACGCUUGCUGAUUUCUUUUGUAUAUAACUCCUUGGGCUGCUCAUUUCUUUUAAAAAUGAUUUAAUUUGUACAGCAGAGGAAUGUUAAUGUAUUAGUCUGUAACUUUUACCUGAUACGGAGUUUUGCAAAUGAAAGCUCAUAUGUAAUGAAUACUUUUGGAUCACAUGGAAAUGCUGAUUUCACAUUUCUUAAAUACUGCAGCAUUAAAAGGAAGAAACCCCCGUUUUCCUGUAUUCACUGAUCUAAUGGGUGCCAUCAAAAUUAGGAUAGAUUAAAACAUAGUGCUGGAACCCACUAAAACUGUGUUCUUGAAUAUUGGCCUUAUUCACUUAUCUU